GACCCUGGCCAUGGCGUGCCCAUGACGGAAUCGCAUGGCCGAGGCUGAGCUUCAUGACUUUGCUUUCCAGCAACGAAGGCUUUUGACAAAGCGCGGUUUCUGGUUGGGGCGAACCGUGACGCGAUGGUGCCAGGUUGAAAAAGACACGUUGGUCUACUAUGCCAGCAAGGAGUCCCAGGUGCCCAAAGGACGAGUCACUCUUUCAGAGUGUACGUUAGGCCAAGAUGCUGAUGAAGUGGAAAUGUGGUCGAAAGUUCAAAGGGCCACCAUGAUAUCGAUGUCCAGGACCAGCAGGACCAGGACGACGCUGCGCACUGUGCUGUUGGUGCGUCCUGGCAAGGGUCCAAUUUUCAUCAAGACCAGUCCGGAUGAGAUCGCCUCGCUGGCUGCGCUGAUGAAACGACCGGUGGAGAUGCCCGCGAUGCCCGCGAUGCCCGCGUUGCCCGAGUCUCCAACGCGACCCGAAUGUCCUCCCAGUGGACACAGCAAUUUCUUUCCCAUCCAGGAGCCAACGGAGUCGGAGUCCCGUCGCGCCGCCUUGGCUCGGAUUACUUCCAGAGGCUCCGAAUGGUCGGCACAGGUGGCGGAAGAGAUGGCGUUGGAUCAAUCACCAGGACCUAUAUCACCUGACAGCAGUUCCACAAGACAGUCGCAAGCGCCUGUUUUCCAAGAAGUGCGAGAAAGCUUGGGAGCCAAGUUGGCUUAUCAAAAAUCCAUGGAUCUGAUGUGGAAUUACGAUCUCCAGGCUGCUGCUGUUCUUCUGGAACCCUGGCAAAAUUCCAGCUUGUGGCAUGCAGGUGCUGCUGCUGAGUGCUUUGUUUUGAGGACCAUUUUGACUGGCAGAAAAAGUGAUGCUCUUGCAUCGUUGGAUCUCAUCGUAGUAGCUGAAAAGCUGAAAGACGAUAUUUCCUCAAGCAGUCUGACAUUGGCUCAUGAAAUCGUCACAGCAGAGUUGCAGCUGAUGCGCAGCUUGCUACAGAUCAUCUUGGGCUUGCGAUUUCGAGCUCUAUACAACUUGAGGCAAUGUUGGUAUGCUUACUAUCGCUUAGAGCAAUUUCUGGAGGAUGAAGUGAGUCUCAAAAGAUGUGCCCAGAAUGUUGAUUGUGUCAUGACUUACGAAGAUUUGAGGGGAAGGAUCCUUUUUGGCCUUGGCUUUUUCUACAUGGCCUCCUCGCUGGUCCCUGCAAGUCUCGUACCUUUGCUUCGGCUCGCGGGUUUUUUGAUGCACCGGCAACGUGGGAAGAUGUACCUGUUCGAAUGUGUUGAGAGAGCACUUGGGGCGCGAUGCUCCAUAGCUGCCAUACUACUUGCCAUGUACCACCUGGAUUUGGAACCAGACAUGAAGCAUGCUGGCAACAUUUUGAUCGCCAGCUUGGGGCGCCAACCCGAAAACACCCUGCUGCAUUGGGCAGGCUCAAUUCUUGCAUGGAGAAACACCUUCAUGUCCCAGGCUGUGUCUAUUACGGGCAAGGCCCUUUGGUGCUGUGGAGAGGAACUGGGCGAGAAAGCAGUCUACCUGAGAUACGAGUUGGGCAUGUUUCAUUUCAUCGCUAUGGACUGGCCCAAAGCUCAUGAGCAUUUGAACUGCGUCUAUGUCUCCGUGAACUCUGACAAGGUGUUCUUUCCGUACCGGACGCUGGUAACCACGCAGUUGGCUGCGGUGGCUUUUAGCAUGGGAGAGCAAGAGUAUGGUGAAACCCUUUGCAAGGAGUGUGCUUCGGUUCAAGACUGGAGCGGCUUGUUGAAGUUGGAGACUGACUUUGCAAAGAUUUUGCAGAUCUUCCUUCGUCGCCGACGUCAAGGGCGUCGUAUGCUGGCCUUCGAGGUGAUGUACUUCUUCCGGCAGUUCCCAAAGGUACCCAGCCACAUGCUCCUUGCAAUCAAGGACAAUGUCCAAAAGACCACGGAUCCUUUGCGAGAAUGUGAAGAUUGUGACCAUGACUCCAUGGAGGAGAACUCCAUGGUGGAGCUGGCCAGCGCUUUGACGAUACAAGUUGUCGUUUGCUUCUACCUUGGUGAUGCAGAGGCUGCCUUGAUCUUCGUACCAGAGCUGUCACAACUUUGCCCUCGCUUGCCGUCCUGGGCCAUGUACCUCUCUGCGCAUGGCCUUUAUUGGUGUGGUCGGGUGUUUGCCCUCAACGACCGAGACGAAGAUGCGCGUUUCUGCUUACAGCUGGCGCGUUCCUACAAGAAGUAUCCCUUCAAUAUCAACGUGAAGAUUUGCAAGGUACUGGCGCAACAUGAAGAGCAGAUGGCACAGAAGUCACAGGCAGCUUGAAGAUCUCCGGCACCGGCGAUGGGUGUGCUGAAGGAUGGAGACAACAAGGAAUAUGUCUAGGUCAUGGAUCCAUUCAUGACCUACCGUAGAUUCGCCGUAGAUAGCACUGCUGAGCAAUGCAGGCGAUUGGGACUCGAGUUUGG